AUGACACUUUUUUUGUCAUAUAAUAGAUUAUCGCCUUCACACAAGGCCUUUGUAUCUAACCUAAAUACUACCUCAAUCUCAAAGACUGUUUUUGAGGCUUUAACUCAUGAGAAGUGGAGACAAGCUAUGAAUGAGGAGAUGGAAGCUUUAAGGAAAAAUGAUACUUGGGGACUUGUACGUCUGCCAAUAGGGAAGAAAGUUGUUGGCUGCAAAUGGGUGUAUACAAUUAAAUACCAUUCAGAUGGAUCUAUAGAAAGAUACAAAGCCAGGCUGGUUGCAAAAGAAUACACAAAAAAUUAUGGAGUUGAUUCUCUUGAAACUUUUGCACCAGUAGCAAAAAUGAAUACAAUUAGAGUACUUUUGUCAUUGACAAUUAACUCUGAUUGGGAUCUUUAG